UGCACCGCGACGUCAUGUGAACCCCCUCCACACUAAACUUCUAAAGAAAAAAAAUAAGGGUCGUAUUUUGAACCUUUACGCCUCCGUACAAUAAAAUUAAAUUAUACGUCAUUAAAUGAUGUGUACAAUUUAAUAGCAAUUCGAAGGACAUUUAAUAACUUUCUUGGAAAUUUCCGGUGCCAGUUGCCGACCGAAUCGAAAUACUUUAAGUGAAAUUAAAAUCAAUUUCUGGAACAGUGUUCCAUAUACCUAGCGGUGCGACCAAGUAGUCGUUGCUAUCCUUAAGUGAUGUUAGAGCAGUCCCAGGACUGCCAGUCUGUCUGAAUGUCGGGGUACUGCGGCAUCGGGCGUCGAGAUGUCUCCGGGAGUGCCGAACGGAGCCCUGCAGUCCACUUAAUAUGUACCUUCUGGCCUCUGCGAUACUUCUGCUCGGUACAUUUGAUCUAACAGGUUCGAUGCCCGGAGGGCCCGGCGCUCCCGAAAACAUCACAGUCACAUUUCUGAAUCCGACGUCAGUUCGAAUUUCUUGGGAUUCAGCCGUCAGCAAUGUCGAAAAGUUCGACGUUACCUAUAAGCCUACCGAUGCCAGUUACAGGGUGGUGGAAGUUGUUGCCGGCAACAGCGACGCGGUGACUCUAUCCAACCUAAAUCCCGAUACGCAGUACCAACUUACAGUUUCGGCAGUUUGGGCUGGAAGGAAGUUUAGGAGUCGACCGAUAGUCUUCCGGACACUUGAGCCUCCAAGAACCUCUCCGCAACAAGACUCUAUGGCUGCGCCGGCGCCUGCAGGGGUAAUAGAGGCAACUUCAUACGCCACCACCACCACUGACCUUUCUACAACUAAAGAAACUACUACCGAGGAUAUUUUUGUAGAGUAUCCCCAGCCUAGCUCAACGGUUCGCGGAGUGGAAAUUGGAAUAGUCCUAAUCGUCUUGGUAGUCUGGAUAGCAGCGAUAGCCCUAUUUUUCAACCGCUGGGGAAAAAUCAGGAUGCUGCUACCGUACCAGCCAGACUACAAACAGGAGCAGCUUAAAGUGCCUGGUACAGCUGCGUGCGCAGCUGCCACAGCUACUGGAAACAGCACUUGCACGCACCAUGUUACACCGAACAUCUGUCAGCAGAACCACCAAAUUUUCCAGGUGCACGCCCAACCGCCGCGUACCCCGCGACCUCGGAUGAACUCGGCGAUUUUCGUAUCGAACAGCGGCCCCGGUAUCGACACGAAAGAGUUCUUCCGUCGAUACGGUUCCGUAUCGAAACUGUGUCGGAAGGCGAGAAGUGUCGAUAAUAUUGCGAUGGAGAACGGCCAUUUCGGUCUGCCCACUUUAUCGAUAAGCGGACCCAGCCCACCAGAGGCCGACGAAGAAACGGAAAUCGACGAAACUGAACGGAUGUUGUAACGGGGGAAAUACCGACUCGGUUUUGAAUAAUAUUGCGAGUAUUUAAUAUUUGAUAGAAACAGAUCGAAAAUUCUAAAUCUUGUUUAAGAUUUUUAAUCGAAUCCUCUUUAUAAUUCAAUCAUUUUUCACCGAUAUUUCUACUAAAAAAAACACUACAAAUUGAAAAGGGAUUCUGAAAGAUUGUUAAAUGGCGUCAAUUUUCUUCCACUUAACAAAUGUACACCCCUAACUUAAAAUUGCCACCGUAUAUAUCCAAUAUAUCAACAGCAUAACUCACGUCCUAUUGGAUUUUCUUCGGCAAUUUAACGGGAUAUCCGUUUAUCGUUUCAUCAUCAUUUUCUCGUUUUUUUUUUGUUUUUAUGACAAUAUUUCUUGGUAUAGUUUAAUUUUAACUCUAACACGAUAAUUUUGACUUUUUACGUGCAUUUUGGAUUUAUCGGUAAAAUAAACAUGGUGUCACCAAAAAUCACCGAUAAGUCAAAAAAGGGCAAUAGACCAGGUGCCUAAGGAAUCAAAAAAAAUAUUUAAAAAAAUCUAUCUUAAGUACCUACUUUUAAAAUUAUAGGCAUAGGAAAACCGAAAAAAAAUGACCUGUUGAUCUUUCUAGUAGUGAGGUUCAUUUUUGAAUUUCUGAACAAUUUUUUUUAAUGUAACCCUGAAUAACCCUCCGAAAAAUUACAAAACUAAAUUUAAACACAACUGUUUAAAUCUUUAAGAAUGUUGAAUUGCUCCAAUUUUGACCAUCAUUUCCCAACUUUAACUAACUGUCCUGGAAAAGAAAAUUACUUCACUGUUCGGCUUCAAUUUUACGGAAUUUUCCUGAAACAAAUGUAAAAUACGUGUUUUUAAAAAAAUAACUGAAACUUCCAAUGGAUACCUAUAGCAACGUUCCAUUGUCCAAUAUAUCGACAAAAAAAAAGACCAGUACAUUUGGUAUUAAUAGUUACGUUCAUUUAUUGUGAAAGAACAACAUGCUCUUUUAUUCUUCAAUAUUUCUUUAAAUUGACUACACAGUGAUGAAAAUAACACUUUUGGUAUUACUGUGAUCUUUCAAUAAAAAUUGACAUUUAAAGGAAAUACUUCUUGAUGGAUAAAAUCAAACUUGAUGAUCUUCAUAGGAGAAUAUAAUCAAUUUGUUACAUCUAUCAAAAGAGUAAACCGUUGAAUAUUCGAAUGAUUGUUAGUAUAAUGUUACUGAAUUGUAAAGGAUUUCUGGAUACGUUGGAUAUGUUGAAAUCUUCAGCUCUAUUGAAGGAUCUAAAUCAUUUAUAAGAAAUAGAAAAUUAAAGAUUAAGUACUCUUAAGACUGAAAUAUAAAACACCUUACAUAAAACUCAUGAUUUGAAACUAAAACUUACUGAAACUUCCCAGAAGUCAAAGGGCUUAAGGGAAAACCAAUGAAUUAUCCUUUUCACAUAAGGUCCUUGAUAAAUUUCUGGAGCCUUACCCAGAGUUAUCAGAGGCCAAAGAACUUGGUAAUAGCAAUAAGACAUAUGGUUUAACGUCUUAAACUAGGUCUAGCUCAUCUCAUCCUUUCUUUUCUAACAGAAUAUUACCCAAAUUUUUAAGAAAAUUUUAGCUAGAACUGAUAUUUAUGGGCAUGGACGACAUUCUGAGAGGCAUUCUAGAAAAGUCAGGGUUUACUCUCGAAAGACCACUGGUUACUGAAUGAAAUAUGUCCAUUGGAGGUACUGACAGGAACCAGAAGUUUACGUAAGGAUGGUGAUGGAUCUAUGGAGCCUCAGAGCCAAAGAACUUGGAAAUGCUAAUGAAUAUUCUUGGUUUCAUGCCUUGGAUUAGGUGUAAAGAGCUUGAACUUUAAGAAUUAAGAAUUUCCUUGCAGAACACACAUGGUUUUUAUUUUUUUACUCGAAAACCUUGAAUAUUAAAAAAAAUUAUCAUUAAAAAAAUGUAUCAAAAAAUUACUAAAAAUCAUAAUAUGACUUUUACUUAAAAGACAACUUCAUAUUAUGAAAGAUAAUGCCCACACGAUUAAAAAAAUACAUCAAAUGGACCGGAAAAACGUUGGAAAAUUUACUAAAAUACUUAAAAGAAAUGAAAAAUUAGUCCUAAUUGCUAAAAAAUAUUAAUGAUUACCUACGUCAAAUAACCGAAAUAAAUUGAAACAUUAUCUCAAAUAUGAAGUGUUAAUUUUUUUUCUGGAAAAAGAAGAAAUACGUCAAAACCAGAUGUACAAUAUUUUUUAAAUAUAGAUAAUUAUUCCAUACAUAUAGUUCUUAAGAGAAAUAGAUAACGAUUGAACUCAUACUAAACAUCUAUUGGAACAUAUCAAUUAUUUCCAGUCUGUGUGGAGGUUGCAAUCAAAUCUCUAUUGCAAUCAAAGAAAAACAUCCGAAGAUUAGAAAAUGUCUAGAAUAAAUUUUAAAAAUACUUUAAGUACUUGAAAGACAGUACAAUUCAAUAAAUGUUUUCUUUAUGGGAGUGAGAUAUUAGUCCCUGGAAUCUGAUGAAAAAUAAUUUUCAAUGCCUGUAAGCAUGAAAAGUGUGAUAUGCAAUUUUCUUAAAACGCUUAACAUAAAAUAUUUCUAACUGGAAGAUGCUUUCAGAUGAUUGGAUUUACAUGUUUAAAAAUGUUCUUCAAAAAAUAACAGAAACUUCCAGUGAAAAUAUCAACUUCUUAUUUUCCAAUAUAUUGAGAAAAAAUAAAUGCCGAUACAUUUGGUUAUAAUGGUUCAACUCAUUGAAUACAAAAGGAAACAUUAUUGUAUUUUCCAUUAUUUCAUAUAUGAAAAAUGAUGGAAAAAUGGACCAGAAGGUAACAGUAGCAAUGUUAAAAAUGGAUAGAGACCUAUUACUUAAAGCCAUUCAACUACUAUUCAAUCAUGUAUCAUUAAUUGUAAUAUACCAACAAGUUGGGAAUCUAAAAUUAAUAAUAAUAUUUUUAAAAGGCGAUACCUCUACCAUAGAGAACUAAGACCAAUCAGUCUAUUAUCCAAUUCUUAGAACAUUGAAUGCCUAAUGUGUAUUAGUAAUAUUAUUAUCUAUAUAAGCUAUUUACAAAUAGAUUGACUAACAAACUAGACUUUUACCACUAUUAAGCGAAGAAUGCGAGGAAUACAACAUACAUCUGGGGUUUGUAGACUUCAAAAAGGCUUUCGACUCCGUAGAAUUCUGAUCAAUAUUUGAGGGACUAAACAACGCAAGAAUAGAUUUCCGGUACACCACUCGAUUAAAAAAUAUAUAUAAAAAUGCAUGCAUGUUAAAGUAGACAAAACAACACCAAUAAGAAAAAUACCACUAGAAAGAAAUCUGAGACAGGCGGACACCAUUUCUCCCAAACUUUUCACAUUGGCAUUAGAAAAUGUAUUUAGACCAUUGAAUUGGAAUGAAAAGGUAAUAAAUAUAGAUGGCAUAUACCUCAACUAUGUAGGCAUUGCAAAUGACAUAUUCAUGAUAAGUGGAAGCGGAAUUGAACUCAAAGAAAUGCUGAUCUCGGCCGUGCUUCAGAGCCUCUACAGAUCAACUACAAAAAAACAAAGAUUAUAUACUACUUGACAGUCAAUUAUCAUUUUAAAUAAACGAACAACGUAUAGAAAACGUACAAGAAUACAUUUACCGCAGGCAGCUUACCAAACUAGAAGAGCCCAAUCAAACUACCCAGAUAACAAGGCGGGUUAAGCUCGGAAGAACGGCUUACAGAAUGUUAAAUCACCUACUCAAAAUUCAAAAAACACCGAUUAGUGUGAAGGGUAUCAAAAGCUGCCGAUUGUGCCGGUGCUGACGUACGGAAUAGAGAAGAUGGCACAAAUUAAAAAAACGCAAGAAAACCCAGAACAACGCAGAGAGGAAUGCUUGGCCUAAGUGUCAGAUAUCGAAUAAGAAACACAAGAAUUAGACGUCGCACAAAGGUCAUAUUCAUCAUGGACAGAGCUGAAAAACAAAAAGGGAGAUGGGCCGAACACAGCGGGUCUGCUUACUUAUACUAUGACGAUUUAGAACAUCAAAAAGAAGCAUAGGCCGUCCAUAGAAGAGAUGGUCAGAUCACAUAAGGGAAACAGUUGGUAGAAAUUGGCUACUGAUUGCACAAGAAAAUUUGAAAUAACCUAGAGGAGGCCUAUAUCCAGCAGUGAACGAGAGAAUGCUAAGAGAAGACAAAUAUAUUCUUUUAGUAAAAAUUGUUCUUAAAAUAUCUCAAUAAUAAGUUAGAUGUUUAGGUACUUAGGUUGGGAUUUGUCUAUCGGAUAUCUGGAAUCAAAUAAAAAAAUAACUUUAACGCCUGUAAGAUACAAAUACACAAGUUAUAUGAAAAAUGACUUCUAUUAUAAACAUGUAAACAUAAAAAGUUACGUCAAAUGUUGCAACGUCCGAACAAUUCCAAUUCCUGAAAGAAACAAAAAGUUGCUUAAUAAUUACUUCCAAUAAAACAUAAAAAAUAUAUCGAAUAGCCGUACGAUUUUAACAAAAAACAUGAAAUGACCGAAAUACAUUGGAAAAUUUCUUGAAACAUUUGAAAGAAAUAAAAAGUUACUCUUGCAUGAUAUAAGUUGAAAUAUUACGUCAAUAGUGAAGGUCAAUUAUUGUUCUGCAAAAAAGAAAAAAUAUUUCAAAAUCAGUUGGACAAUAUUUUCUAAAUAUAGAUAAUCAUUUGAUACAUGUAGUAUUUAAGAGAGCUAGAUAACUAUUGAACUGGUACUAAAUAUCAUACAUAAAAUCAUCAUUAAAAAUUUCUUGCAAUGGAAGAUAAAAAAUGGCUUCGGAUACAUGGAAACAAUAUUCUUAGAAUAUAAUGAAAUAUUCAAGCUUAUUGAUCAACUUCUAUAAAAAUUGUCUUUAACACAAGUGCAUUUUUUGUUCUCUCCAAUAUUUCAAUAAACCACAAGUGUUAUUCAGUUUAAAAGUUAAUACAAACCGUGAAUUAUAUAUAGGACAUAAUAAAUAGCCAGCUUACCAUCUCAGCCCAAUAUAUUCCCCGGAAAACUCUAAAAGCUUCCCUUUAGCAAUUUAUCUAGACGGUUUCCUGUAAAAAUAGUCUGUAAUAGCGUAUAUAUCCUUCUAGAGUUAUAUGCAGUAAUUUAUCUAGUGCGAUAAGAUUUAGAAUUUUCAAUCCAUUCCAGAAAGGGCAAACACCAAAACAACGAUGGCAAUAAGGGUUAAAAAUGUCCAAUUAUGUCGGCUGUUCGGUGUAAAUGUACAGGGUAUGAAUCCUGUAAAUUGUACUAAACAUUUUCUAUUGUAUAAAAAUUAAUAUUUAUUUUUCAUAACGGGCAUUAUUGACUUUAAAAAGUUGAGUAUUUUUAUUGCUAUUUAUUCUUUAAGUCUGAAUUUAGCUACAUAUCUUUGAAUUGGUACGAAUUAUAUUGAUUUCAUUAUGUGGACGAUAUUUAAAAAGUAAAUUGUCAUUUAUUUAAUCAUAGGUAAGUCGAUAACCCACAUCUAGGGUAUUUAUUAUUGUAAAAUACUUUAGAAGUCCAUAUUUUGCCUUUAAACUAUAAAACACCACAACUGACCAGUGGCGGCUCUCCUUUUUAGGUUAAAGGAUCAAUGACCCAAAAAAAGUAUUUUCUUAAAACUGAAAAAUGUUUGGAAAACAAUAAUAAAUUAAAACAAGUAAAAACUGUCUGGAAAAAUUAUUAAAAAACAUUAACAAGUUACGCCCAGAGUAAAAGAAAAAUUCCUUCAAAUGUCUAAAAGACAUAAAGAAGAAAAAGAGGUUCGGAAGUCGUAGGCUUAAUAAUACUUAAAAAAAUUACGUUAAAAUGGAAUGUAUGUGAAUGGAUGUGGAAUGAAAAUUACAAAAUUACAUCUGGUAAGACAUACAAAGUGACUAGAAGAAAUACAAAAUUUAUUUUAAAUUCCUGGAACAUAUGAAAAUAUAUUUAAUUAAAAUUGGAUUGAUUCAGAACAUACAAUUAUUUCAGAACAUACAUAAAACAGCGUCAUAUGUCGGGAUAAUAUAAAGGAAUUUAUAUGUUCCUGGAAUAUUAUAAUAAAUAUUUGCCAAUGCAUGAAAGACAUAGAAAAGAAUUAAAAAAUAACAUUAAAUGCCUAGAAGGUACAAAAAUAAAGAAAAAACCUAAAGAAUAAUUUAAAUCCUGGAAACGAAUGAAAAAUAAUGUCCAAUAUAUCAAAAGCAUAAAGGUCUCAGGCGCUCAAAAGGCUUACAAAUUGAUACUAAAAGUCUGAAGCCUAUAAAAAAUAUAGACAAUAUACAUAAAAUUACGUGAAUUAUAUGGUGAACUAAAUACAAAUUACUAAAAUAUAUAAAAAAAAAAUUUUGAACGAGUAAGAAGUUUCGUCAAAUGUCUGAAAGUUAAAAAACCAAUUAAUUAAACACAGAAAAAAAUUAUUCAGGUACCUGGAAGUCAUAAAAAGCGCCUUUUAGAUGCUUGGAAGGCUUAAAAAGACAUUAAGAACCUAAAAAAUUACGUCAAAAAGUUGGAAUAAUUAAAAAAAUUACUCGAAUGUCGUGUUUUUUUUUAUAACUCCUGAAAAUUAUUUUAAUUGCCCCGAAUAAAAGAAAACUCAUUACAUUUGUCUUAAAAGAGUCUGGUAUAAAAUUGACUUGAACUGCCUGAAAGUUGCAUAAAAUCAUGAUUACAAACGAGAUAUAAGUUGCGAUUUCAUGAAAAAUUGGCAUGAAAAAUUCAAAAUUCUGUUUUACAACAAUUUAAAAAAAAACAGUAAUUUUGUUAUUUUAAUGAAAUUUCUAUUUAUUUAUUGUAAAGGAGUUUAAAUACCUAAUAAAGAAAAUUUAAAAAAAUCAAAUAUACAUAUGUAGUAAUCCCUAUCAAAGAUGUUACGAGCCGCCACUGCACUUAACUACCCCCAUUUUAUAUAUGAAUAAACCCAUGAUCCUAAGGGUCCAUAUUCUUUAGCGGGACCACAUAUAUAUAUACAUAUAUAUUAUACAGGAUGUACAGCUUCUUCUAAAAAAAACACAUAUAAUGAUUUCGUUAUAGAUUUUUGUGCAUCCUGUAUAAUAUAGUUUAGCAAUGAAGGGCGAAACACCACGUUCCUUUCAUUUUUCAUAUCCUCAACAUAUUUUAACUAGUAUUAGUGCGCGUGCGCAUCCUAACUUUUUAGCUGUGAAUGAAUUUUACCUUAUUCUAUAACUGUAUUUUAUUGCAUUUUUUACACCCCUCUGUAACGUCCUAGAGAUUAAAUUUAUAUAGGGUGCAUUAAAUUAAGUUUGCCCUAUUGUUAAGCUUUCUAUGCUUGAAGGGUUGGUUUGGAAAAACUCAAUAGCACAAAAUCAGAUUUGCUAAUUUAAGUAAGAAUAAAGAAGUUUACAAUGGUGCAAACCUAAUUUUAAACACUAAUGCAUAGAAGGGUGACUAUAAAAUAUAACAAACGGGACUCACUGUAACAUAUUAAUAAUUAUAACUUAUUUGUAGUGUAUAUAUAUAUUAUUUUUUUCAUAUUAGUUUAGCAUUUUUAAGAUGUAUUAAGUAAAUAAAUUUCAGUAUAAAAGUAUUAACAAAACUUCUAGACAGAUUUUAAGGAUUAUAAUAAUAUGAAUGUAUAUACUUAAAAAACCAACUCUAUAAUAUAUCUUUAGCUGUAUCGCCAAGAAGAGUUUUAAAUAAAAUUGUAAGAUAUAUACGUAGCCAAUUAUAAAACUAAUAUUUUACUAAUAAACUAACCAAAAUUAUUAAAAGUAGCAUUUAGAUGUUUAGAAGGGUUUUCUCGAACUAUUGCCAAUAUUACUUAAUACUAUUGUUAGGCUCAGUAAACACAAAACGAAUAUUCAGGAUGUUCCAUGAACGUCCCUAAAAAUAACUAAAAUAUUCUAGUUAUAUUCUUAGUAUGUUUUCUUUAAGCCACUGUUAUAUGAAACUAGCCUUGGUCUUCAUUUUAAAUAGAUAUAAUGUUCCAUUUAGUUUCAAUGUAUAUUAUAUCAGUGAAUAUUAUUAUUAAUUUUUUAAGGUAAAAAUUUUAAUUAAUUAAUUUUAUUCCUAGAGAAUAUUCAGUCCAACAGGAAACAUUCUACCUAUAUUGAAAUGUUCCUGCAAAUGGUCGGUAUUGAUGGUCUUUGAAUAGAGACAUAUAAUAUUGACAUUUCCAGCAUAGAUCAUGCCUUAAAUAUUCCUGGAAGAUUUCUAAAUAUUUCAGACUAAUUAAAUUAAUGUUCCCAUUAUUAUUUCAUGCGAAUCCUUCUUAUAUUUAACCCUUUGAGGCCGGAUUUAUUUUUUUUAAAUUUUUGGUGAAAAUUUUUGUUUUGCUCAAUUAAUUAAAGAUUAUUUAAUAUGUUUUUAAUAUUAAAUCUUUUUUUUCGCAUAUGAGUUAGUUACAAUGAGGUGUGCUCACUGUAAGGACACUAGGCAGAUAAACAAAAAAAAAUUGGCAAAAACUAAUUUUUUAUUGCUAGAAAAAUACAUUGAUUAUAAAAAAUUUAUUUGGUAUGAUAUUGACGGAAACAGUUUUUCUUAUCUGAAAGGCACAGGGCAACAUCACACCUAAAAAAAUAACAAUAAUUAACUAAGUAUGUUUAUUUAUUUAUAAAUGUAAUAUCAACAGCUACCUUGUACAAUGGCAUCUUGAUUUGUGAGGUUCCGCCUUGGUACUACAAAAAGCACAUCUUCCAGGCUUGUCAUAUAGAGGCAUGUGGGAACAAGAGUCGUACCGAAUUUCGUAUGGUACAAUACGUUUGAAAUAAUUCACCGUUGCUGAUGGCCGACCCCUUUUCGGAAAACCUUGUUCAGCUCCCACAAGUCCUAGGCCCACUGAAAGUCGAAAAAGUUUUAGCGAAAGUUGCGCAUUGGAAUCCGUUCUUUUUUGAUACAAUAUGAAUGCAUUUACUAAGGAUAAAUCUAUGAAAUAGAAAAAAAUUCUAUGCCACCACUUUUUCGACUUUCGGUCAACCUCAUAAAGAGUUUUUAGCAUGUCCGUCUUAUCCACGUAUCCUAUAUGCGUAUUAUAUUUCUUUACUAGUUCAGGACAAGUAACAUCUUCCGCGGAACCAUCUUUUUUUCUGCGGGAAACCCAUGCAUUGAUUUUUGCAUGGAUCCAGAUAAUUAGUUAAAAAAUGGACUGGCCUAUUAUCCAUCCAUUUCAAAAAGGUCAACCCAUCAGUGCUAACUCUCCAAUCGAAUUCACCCCUUGUUAACUGCUUGUCAUCUAGUAGAUCUGUUGGUAGAUUCUUUCGAUCUUUUCUGACGGUACCGCAAGCGUAAAUCAUUUCAGUUUGAAGUUGUUUUUGCAGCUCGACUGAAUUAAAAUAAU